AGUGACCGUUCUGUUAUCUAUCCAAAUCUCUUUUCCGUCACAAGUGUAAGAUUUUCCUGAGUCGUGAAAUGUGCAGUGUGGCUUUGAAACUCAAACUACGUUGUUCUUCUCCAAGCGGUAUCGAUUCCAUUGAUAAGUUUCAUGCGUUUUUGAAUUACAAAAUCAUUUGAUGUAUGAUUUAUACUCUAUGUUGUACUGUCGUUGUACGAGAUUUCCAUUUAGGAACAAAAUGAUUUUAUCCUUGAGAAAUUGGCAAAAGGUUUUGAAACUUGAGUCACUAUACAAUUUGUAACACGAAGUCUUUAACCAAAGGACUUUUCCAUCUGAUUUGUGUAGAGGUGGCCAUAUUGAUUGCUUUAUUAAACAGAGCUCCCAGCUCUCCAUUGUUUCUCAAAAUGAUCAAAGAAUUUUGUUGCAGAUAAUAUUUAACAGGGGAAAAAAAAAUAGUCUACAAUGGGGCUGACAAUAUCUGGCCUCUUUGGACGCCUCUUUGGAAAGAAACAGGUGCGAAUUUUGAUGGUUGGUCUGGAUGCUGCUGGGAAAACGACCAUUCUGUAUAAAUUGAAGUUGGGAGAAAUUGUUACCACUAUUCCAACUAUUGGGUUUAAUGUGGAAACAGUGGAGUAUAAGAAUAUUUCUUUCACAGUUUGGGAUGUUGGUGGUCAAGAUAAGAUCCGUCCACUUUGGAGACAUUAUUUUCAAAAUACGCAGGGCUUGAUCUUUGUUGUCGAUAGCAAUGACAGGGAACGUAUCGAAGAAAGUCGAACAGAACUGCACAAGAUGCUUUCCGAGGACGAACUUCGAGAUGCCACUUUGCUUGUUUUUGCGAAUAAACAAGAUCUGCCAAAUGCAAUGAGCGCUGCCGAAUUGACUGAUAAGCUUGGUCUUCAUAAUUUGCGAUCACGGCAGUGGUAUAUCCAGGCAACUUGUGCAACACAAGGACAUGGUUUAUAUGAAGGUUUGGAUUGGCUUUCGAACCAACUUUCCAAAAGCUAAAUCCGUUGCCUUCUCUCAACACAUAUAGUGCUCUUUUUCAUAUCACUAACGCGUUAUUUUCAAUUAUUUAUUAUUAUGAUUAUUUUCAUCACUCCAAUCAUUAUCGGGAUAAUUUGUAUUCAUGAAUGAUGGAAUGAUUGGCGAUUGUGAUGUUUCCCUAUUGUUUUUCCUAACGGAAAUCGUAUUUUCAUCUUUCUUUAUCGUUUUUGUCCCUUCUCGUUUGUUAAGUCCAAGUUGGCAUGCACAAAAUGUACUUCAUUGACAAAAGUGUUCCUAACAUUUUUGAAUGUUUUCUUGUGUCCCCUCGCACUUUGUUAACUUACCAUUCUUUCGUAGAAGAUGAGAAACACUUCGGUCUUCAGGAAUCUUAUGAAGAAUUCUUCAUCUCCCAGUAGUGAGCGCUAUAGCAACAUUACGGUCUUUAUUAUAAAUUUCAAAAAUCCGAACUGUUGCUGGCAAUAUUUUUCUCAUGCUGUUGAUUUUUGUUGGUGGUGCUUUCCUAUAGCUAUUUCGAUUUGAAUAAAUUACUGACUUCACUUCCCCCUGAAAUCGAGUUUUCGCGAA